ACGAGGGCUGUUUCUCAGAUGAAUGAACAAGACCAAGAGUCCCAAAUAAAUGUAGAGUCCAACUUUACCGAAACACCUCCAAGGGACAGUCCUCAAGAUUUACCAGUUGACAACUCAGAGGAAGAGUUGUCGGAGAACACGACUACCCCUCAACUAAGACCAGAGGACACUGACAACACCAUUCAGCAACCAGAGAUUGUUGAAAUCAGGAACGUUGGAGCUGAACAAGCAGAAGUAAUCCAAUCUUGGGAUACGGCAGUUGACAAACUUCUAAUACUGUCAACAAAGAUGGAAAGGGCGGCAGACGCCAUGUCCAGUGCAACAGAAAAGAUUCCGGAGUUUGUUCAGGCUGCCAACCUCAUGACCAAAGCUCUCAAUCUAGUAUCCACUAAGAUUGACAGCUUGACACGUGCCACAGAGUCCAUCCAGGACUCUCAGAGAGCCCAUAGAAACUCAGAGAUGCAACAAACACGGUCACAGACUCCUUAACUGUCCUCUAAGCCAGUAUGGACUCUGGUACUGCUUUUACUGCCAGGAUUUCGAGUACCACAAGGGAGAUGCAUGCCCAAACAGGAAUCAUCCUAAAGAUGGGUAUGUUAAAAAUAAUUCUAAUGACAAUAAUAAUAAUAGAGGUAAAAACAAUAGCAAGCUCAGAGGUAAUGGUAGAGGCAAAGGCAACGGUAAUUUUAAAUUCAGAGGUAAUGGCCGUGUAAAUAAAAAGCAAGGUAACAUGAGUACAC